AUGGUCUUCAAGCCGUUUACCCAUAUCGCGCGUCAGAGUUUCACCAAAGCCUUUACUCAUGGCUAUGCUCAAUCGGUAGUCGCGGCAUCGCAGUCAUCCUACGCGUCGUCGACAACACUUAAUCACAUUACCGCCGCUAAUCCGGCGAAAUUCUCCCGUACCACUCAGUUACAACAUGUUUUCCAACCAUCGAGUUCCUCUGGCGCUGGCGCAAAGGCCGGCCACGGCAGCUCGGGCGGCGGAGAUGCUGGGUUAGCCGCGUACUAUGCGGCGUGGCAGCAGGCCCAGCAGACCGGUGAUGACAGUGACUGGAAACAGUUGCAGUUGAAACGGAGAGUCGGCUGGAAACCGCUGACAGAGGAGGAGGAGGCGAGUAAGGAGAAGGAAGAACAAGAGUUGUCCCCGACCGCUCGCGCGGAUCUCAACCGUUCGCCCCAUCUCACCCAGGCCUCUGCCAACGCUGAUGUCGGUGCAAAGGUGGAAGAGGCGGUUGCUCGGGAAAUUCAAAUACAAGAGGAGCAAGCUCAAGCGGAGGAAGCCUCCGACGCGCAGGAUGCUUCUACGACCGAGGCCUUCCCUGAUCUACCAGAUGAUGUUGCCGCUGUUGGGGAUUUUGCGACGGAGGAAUCUCUUCGUGCUUCCGAGCAGGUUGUGCGUCUGGCCUCCGACGAGAAAUUCUCGGACAUUCCCGGCGCUUUUGCAGCACUCCUGCGAGACGGUCUCACCCCGACCGUUGCUGCCUACAAUGCUUUGUUGGACUCGGCCAUCGAACUCCACGAUGAUCGAUCACAGGCGAUCCCGAAGGCACUCGACGUUUACUCGGAUAUGCUUCGUCGCAGGGUAAUUCCCGAUGAACAAACAUACCAGAUGCUCGUUCAGCUGUUCGUGAUGCGUGCCCACGAUGCGAUGAAGGCAAUGGAGGUGCUAGAGCAGGAGAGGGUCCGUUAUGGGGGAAUGGAGGAACCCGGAAAAUUCAUGUUGCACUCAAGUGAGCUUGAAAAAGCCAUCCUUACCGAGGAUGAUUCUCUUGGGAUUGCCAUGAAAUUGUUCGACACCGCCACUUCCCGACAUGCGGAUCUUGUCUUUCCUCUUGACAUUUACCGCUAUCUGAUCACUGCCUGCGCCAACGAGGGUAAUGUGGAAGGAAUGAUCCGCGUGUAUGCGCACAUGGAAUCGCACAAAGUGACCCCUCACGCUUCUAUCUUCCCGUCGAUGAUCGAUGCUUUCGCUUCCUCUGGCGACCUGACAAGUGCCGUGGAGUGCUACAACGAGUACCGAUCACUCGCAGUAUCUGAUGACAAUGGUACAUUCUGUAUCGUUAAGCGCUUGGAUGGCCAGGUUUACGCGGCUUUGAUCAAGGCGUAUAUUUCUUGCGACAAGGAAGAAAAUGCAAUGCGUUUCCUCGAGCGGAUCCGCUCCUCUUUUGACGACGUCACGGAAAGCCGUGAAACACGCCAAGAGGCACUUGAAGCCGUUAUCAUCAAUGAUGCCCUUGUGCAACACGCCCUUGAAUCGGGUGAUCACGCAAAGGCCCUCGAAGAAGCCAAGAACCGGUUGCGCGACGGAGCCUUGGAUCAGGCCAUGUCGCAGAUCUGCAUAGCCGCGGCCGAUUUCGGGAACUCGAAGAUCGCUUCCGAAGCAUACGAUCUUCUUCCUAAGGACGUGGAGACACGGCAGAAGCCUACCAUUUCGAUGUUGGCUCUGCACGUACGCGACGGCAAUGUGUCAUCUGCCCGAUCCCUGUGGCUCAUGUUAAGCACUGUGGGUCAGGCAACUUCGGAUAUGGUACAGCCGACCGUGAUGUAUGCUGUUGCUCUUCUGAAGAGUGGUCGCACUGAUGAGUCUCUCGUUGAGGCGCGGAAUAUGUUUGCCCGUAUUCGCAGCUCCUCCUACAACCCAUCUUCCAACACAAUUCGUGAACAGAUCAACGAGAGCAUUCACCUUUUCAGUCGCGUUCUUGUCCAGGGUGCUACCGUCCUUUCGCCUCAAGCUUCCAUGUCCCUUCUCUGGUUGAUGGUAGAGAAUGGCGGUCUCAUCUCGCCGGUCGUUGAACAUGCUGUCGCCUUCCUUGGGCCUCUUGAGAUUUCCCAGCUCAGUCCUCGCGACCUCGCUCUUGCUUUGCAAGUCCAGGCGGGCAUAUUAGCCAACAACAGCGCUAUCUCUUUCGAUGCUGCCCACCCCAUUCGCUUCUCCCACAUGCUGGACAUUGCUCUGGCAACAGGCCUUGCUAUGGACGCCACUACCGUCAAUCUUGUCGAUCAAGCGGUCAACAAGCUCUUCACUAGCCGACCUGACAUGGUCCACCGAUGGCACAGCUACCUGGGAUUGGCCUCUAGCCCAUCCACCUAUGUCUCUGGGCCUCACACCCCUGUGUCUGAAAUGUCUAGUAUGAGCUCGGCUCCCAGCGAGGACUCUUUCGACCCUUACGCUUAUGCAACCGACUUCAAAGGAUCGGCGAUGAUUGCCGAUGGCCUUGAGAGCACCCACGGUCGGCCCGAGUCUCAUCUCAACGAAGCCCUUAAUAGACUUCGCAACAUGCGACGUGCUGGUCGUCAUCCUCGCUACAUCACCUACGCGAAACUCAUCGCUGCUGCCGCCAAGAGCAACCGCGUCGACCUUGUACAUGAAGUCUUGAGCAUGGCCAGGCGUGAUGUUCCUCUUCUCCCUCAGUACAAAGCUGUCAAAUAUGGAUGGACCUCCAUCCUCGAUGCCAUGGUUGCCGCUUGCUUGACCCUAGGAGACCGUGGGCUUGCCGCCAAGUAUCACCACGAGCUUUCCGAACUUGGCUCUGCCCCAUCUGCCAACACAUUUGGCUUGUACAUCACCACUCUAAAGGAGUCCACCAAAACUUUUGAUGAAGCUACUGAAGCGUUGAAGAUCUUCCACCGUGCUGUCGCGGAGGGUGUGGAGCCAACCUCGUUCCUGUACAACGCUCUCAUUGGCAAGCUCGGCAAGGCCCGUCGUAUUGAUGACUGCCUUCAGUACUUCGCGGAGAUGCGUGCCAACAAUGUUCGCCCUACCAGUGUCACCUAUGGAACCAUCGUCAACGCUCUCUGCCGGGUUAGCGAUGAGCGCUUUGCGGAGGAGAUGUUCGAGGAGAUGGAGUCCAUGCCAAACUACAAGCCUCGCCCUGCUCCCUACAACUCCAUGAUCCAGUACUUCCUGAACACAAAACGCGAUCGCAGCAAGGUCUUGGCUUACUACGAGCGCAUGCUAAGCCGCAACAUCAAGCCGACUAUGCAUACCUACAAGCUCCUUAUCGAUGCGCAUGCCUCUCUGGAGCCCGUGGACAUGGCAGCUGCGGAAAAAGUUCUCGAAACCGUCAAGGCGUCGGGACAGGAGCCAGAAGCUGUUCAUUACGCGUCGCUCAUUCAUGCCAAGGGCUGUGUGAUGCGGGACAUGGAAGCUGCCCACAUUGUGUUCAAGUCUGCCGUCUCAAACCCCAAGGUCCGCGUUCAGCCUUGUCUCUAUCAAGCCCUCCUCGAGUCCAUGGUGGCCAAUCACCAAGUUGCACAAACCGAAGCGAUCGUUGAGAACAUGGCUGAGCGUAGGGUGGAAAUGACCGCCUACAUUGCAAACACCCUCAUCCACGGAUGGGCAGCCGAGGGAAAUGUCGAGAAGGCCAAGACCGUCUACAACAGUGUCGGAAUUGAAAAGCGGGAACCAAGCACGUACGAGGCGAUGACUCGUGCUUUCUUGGCCGCCGACGACCAUGCGAGCGCUUCUCGCACGGUGCAGGAGAUGCUCUCUCGCGGGUAUCCCUCGGCCGUGGCUCACAAGAUUGCUGAUCUUGUGGGCAAUGGUGCAGUCACAGCUACUCUUUAG